UGGUCGUCCGGACACUCGGUCGUUCUCAUCGCCGUUGUCGUCGUCGCCGUCGUCGGUGGUACAGUCGAGUAGGUUAAGAAAGCGGGACACGCGUAUAGAUAGAGCAAAGUUCUCCGUGUUGUCGUGAUCGAAAGCGCGUUUCGUCGCGUACGGUCCAUGAUUCGCGUUUAAUACAAUAUACACAUAUUGGAACUACCUGCAGCAUUAGCGGCGGCGGCGGCACAAGCUGCCGCAGAGUGUGACGACACCGACCCGUGGUGAUCCUCGGCCACCGAACACCACCGCGGUGACAGGAGGACCCGCGAGAAUCCGUGGGCUCUACGGAUCCUUAAAGAGACGAACGGGAAUCGACGGACGCAGUAUGCCCGGAGAAUCAUCGAGCGCGGCGCCGUGCGAGCAGUGCCAGUCGAUCGACGAACAAAGAUCAAGAUCACUGUGAAUCCGUGAAGUGUGGCGCGCGAGGGACGAGAAAAAUCAGUGAACUCCGUGUACGGAGACCAGGUGCGAUCGGUCCGCGUUCGAGGGGAGGCCAAAGGACCCACGGACAAACGAAGGCGAGAAAGUAAGGGAAGCGCGAAAGGGAAAGAGUGAGUGAGUGAUUGAGCGAGCGAAAGCGAGAGACCGAAAAGGCAACCCGAAGGAAAAGUGGAGCGGUAGAGAUUGAACGACGGACGAGGGGGGGUCGAGGGGGGACGAUAAAGGUGUUUGCUAGAAGAAGUAGUGGACACCGUCGGGGAGAAUUCGGGUAAGGAGGCCGAGAGGGUGGUGAUCAGUGAGUGCGUACGAGACGGUGAAACGGAGGAAACGUCGGAAAGAUAGGGGCGGAGAGAGAUCGGCCGGUGGUUAGUGCGCGCGGACCGCGAAGAAAGCUCGUGGUCGCGUAGCUGCAACGAGCCGCGGAAGCUUGCGGAGUUGCAGCGCGGCGUGCGCCCCGUGGCAGCACGAAAUUAUGAAGCGCAUAAAGUGUGCCCCGCUGGCCACCGUUUUUGAUAGCCGCCGGUGAAUGUGUGACCCGGGGGCAGCAGAGAUCCGCCGUGAUGACGACCGAAGAGACGACCGAGCAGCCCCCGGUAGACGACUGCCUAAAGGAGCGGAAAUGGUGGUGCUUCCUGCUGUCGAGCAUCUUCACCUUCCUCGCCGGGCUGCUGAUCGUGCUCCUCUGGCGUGCGUUCGCCUUCCUCUGCUGUCGCAAGGAACCCGAGUUCGCUCCAAAUGACCCGAAGCAGAAAGAGCAGAAGACGAGCCGCCAGGGCAAAGAGUUCGAGGGGACUUUUAUGACCGAAGCCAAGGACUGGGCCGGUGAACUAAUUUCCGGACAAACCACCACUGGACGUAUCUUGGUGGUGUUAGUUUUCAUUCUCAGUAUAGCGUCGCUUAUAAUAUACUUCAUCGAUGCCUCCAGCGAAGAGGUGGAACGUUGCCAAAAAUGGAGCAACAACAUUACUCAGCAGAUAGACUUAGCUUUCAAUAUAUUUUUUAUGGUCUACUUUUUUAUACGCUUUAUCGCUGCCAGUGACAAGCUGUGGUUCAUGCUGGAGAUGUAUUCGUUCGUGGACUACUUUACGAUAGCACCGUCCUUCGUGUCGAUAUAUCUCGAUCGGACGUGGAUCGGACUGAGGUUCCUCCGAGCCCUACGACUGAUGACGGUCCCUGACAUCCUCCAGUACCUAAACAUUCUAAAGACAUCGAGCUCCAUUCGUCUCGCCCAACUCGUAUCAAUCUUCAUCUCCGUCUGGUUGACAGCUGCUGGCAUCAUUCAUUUGCUUGAAAACUCAGGGGACCCGUUCGAGUUCAAGAACCCGCAACAGCUUUCGUAUUGGACUUGCGUUUACUUUCUGAUCGUGACGAUGUCCACGGUAGGAUAUGGCGACGUUUACUGCCACACGAUCCUCGGCCGAACAUUCCUAGUAUUUUUUCUACUCGUCGGUUUGGCCAUAUUCGCCAGUUGUAUCCCCGAGAUAAUUGACCUGAUCGGGACGCGAAACAAGUAUGGCGGCACUUUGAAGAACGAGCGAGGUCGCAGACAUAUUGUCGUGUGUGGCCACAUCACCUACGAAUCAGUCUCGCACUUUCUCAAGGACUUCUUGCACGAGGACCGCGAAGACGUUGACGUGGAAGUUGUCUUCUUGCAUAGGAAACCACCAGAUCUCGAGCUAGAGGGACUGUUCAAGCGGCAUUUCACCACCGUGGAGUUCUUUCAGGGGACUAUCAUGAAUCCCAUUGAUCUACAGCGCGUCAAGGUCCACGAGGCAGACGCGUGUUUGGUACUGGCGAACAAGUACUGCCAAGAUCCGGACGCAGAAGACGCGGCAAACAUCAUGCGCGUAAUCUCUAUCAAGAAUUAUUCGGAUGACAUUCGCGUUAUCAUUCAAUUAAUGCAAUAUCACAACAAGGCCUACUUAUUAAACAUUCCAUCAUGGGACUGGAAACAGGGCGACGACGUAAUUUGCCUAGCCGAAUUGAAGCUGGGUUUCAUCGCACAGUCUUGUCUGGCCCCGGGUUUCAGCACAAUGAUGGCCAAUCUCUUCGCUAUGCGUUCUUUCAAGACGUCGCCGGAUACUCAGGCGUGGCAGAAUGAUUACCUGCAGGGCACGGGCUGCGAGAUGUACACGGAAACACUCUCCCCGUCCUUUACCGGGAUGACAUUUCCCCAAGCCAGCGAGUUAUGCUUCACAAAGUUGAAGCUGUUGCUGCUGGCGAUCGAGAUAAAGGGCGAAGGAGGCUGCGACAGUAAGAUCUCGAUCAAUCCACGUGGUGCCAAGAUCGUUGCAAAUACUCAGGGAUUCUUCAUUGCUCAAUCUGCUGAUGAAGUGAAGCGGGCGUGGUUCUAUUGCAAAGCAUGCCACGAGGAUAUUAAAGAUGAAACUCUGAUCAAGAAAUGCAAGUGCAAAAAUUAUGUGGGGAUGAUGAUGAUGCAGACUGGCAUGGUGAAGGGAAACACUGCCUACAGCAGUUACCUCGACGUGGCCACAUUCCGGAAAGGCGUGCGAGCUGUUCAAAUGGUUGGAAGAGCAAGUGAAGACUUCUCGUAUGCAAACGACCACCAUCCUCCCCCUACAUUCACUCCGCCAGAACUGCCCAAGAUGGUUCACGUAAGAGGUACAGGUGAGGUCAGUCGCGAACGAGACGACCCAAACGCCAUGAGAAAUCAUCGAAAUUCCGUCGGGAUGACCAUGAUGAAUUCGACGAAGCAGGUAAACAAGGUGAAACCGAACGUAAAUCGAGCGACGAACGACAGUUUAUCAAGUCCAAAUCAACCGUACAAUCAAAGAUCGCAAGAGGAGUCUGCAUACCCUGGCUACCAUCUCGCCUACGAAGUGAAAAAACUCAUGCCAACAAGCAGAGCCUCGGGCGGCACGAACGUGAAUAACAACGGCGGUCUGCAAGUCGGAAUCGCCGACGAUCAGGCGAAGGACUUCGAUUUUGAGAAGACCGAGAUGAAGUACGAUUCGACGGGCAUGUUCCAUUGGAGUCCAUCCCGUAACCUCGAAGACUGCAUAUUGGAUCGUAACCAGGCAGCCAUGACGGUCCUCAACGGGCACGUCGUCGUCUGCCUGUUCGCCGAUCCCGACUCGCCCCUCAUCGGACUGAGAAACCUCGUCAUGCCAUUACGAGCUUCCAAUUUCCAUUACCACGAGCUUAAACAUGUAGUGAUAGUUGGGUCUGUGGACUACAUCCGCCGCGAGUGGAAAAUGUUGCAGAAUCUACCAAAGAUAUCGGUGCUAAACGGUUCACCACUAAGCAGAGCAGAUUUGCGCGCCGUAAACGUAAAUCUGUGCGACAUGUGUUGCAUCCUGUCGGCUAAAGUGCCUAGCAAUGAUGACCCCACCCUCGCCGACAAGGAGGCUAUCCUCGCGUCCCUUAAUAUCAAGGCUAUGACCUUCGACGACACGAUUGGAGUGCUCAGCCAAGCGAAUAAUGAGCAAGGUAAUUUGACCGCAGUUGGCAGCCCGAUCGUUUUACAGCGGCGAGGAUCCGUUUAUGGAGCAAACGUGCCAAUGAUAACAGAACUCGUAAACGAUAGCAACGUGCAGUUCCUUGACCAGGACGACGACGACGAUCCGGACACGGAACUCUACCUCACCCAACCCUUCGCUUGCGGUACUGCCUUUGCCGUCAGCGUGUUAGAUUCGUUAAUGUCGACGACUUAUUUUAACCAAAAUGCGCUGACUUUGAUCCGGUCUCUAAUUACUGGUGGAGCAACGCCCGAGUUAGAAUUAAUCCUGGCUGAAGGAGCAGGUUUAAGGGGUGGUUACAGUACGGCGGAUAGCUUGGCCAACAGAGAUCGUUGUCGAGUUGGUCAGAUCGCGUUGUAUGACGGGCCAUUGGCCCAAUAUGGCGAAGGAGGCAAGUACGGUGACCUCUUUGUCGCGGCAUUAAAGUCGUAUGGAAUGCUGUGCAUUGGUCUGUACAGGUUUCGGGACACGAGCUCGUCGUGCGAUGCUUCGUCCAAGCGAUACGUCAUCACGAAUCCACCGGACGAUUUUACGUUAUUACCUACAGAUCAGGUUUUCGUGUUAAUGCAGUUCGAUCCAGGUCUCGAAUACAAGCCAAACAGAGGAACUAGAGGAAAGGACGAGGCCUCCUGACUGUUGCUGUGUAGCGCCCUCACCGACGGACCUUAUUCCUAUAUAUAAUCGUACAAAGGAAGCCAUCAUGCCGUCCGUCAACCCUACGGAUCCAUCUAAUCUUCGUUGGCUGGCAUCUUGGUACGACAUCGCGUGUCCUCAACGAAUUAUCGCAAACCCCGUCCAUAGAGCAAGUCAUCAGCACGUCCGUUUUUUCCGCUGGUCACGUGUUGCCAGCGAUGUUUCUCUCGAUACUCGCAGCUGGAUCAGUUUCCCUUCAUAGUGUCCGCAGUAUUCUUCGUUCCUUGUUACUCAUCGCUGCGUGAUUCAUUUUUACAUCGUGACCGAACAUUUUUACGUUGAGACGUGGUCGUAGCAAAGAGGAGACAAAACAUCGUGACGCAUGGGUAAAAAAGAAAAAAAAAAAAUAAAUAAUUAUCAAUGAAGAUCUGCGACGAGACAGAAGAAAUAAUCGAAGGGAAACGGGAAGCGGCAUGGUGAAACGUGGUCCGAGGGUAGCUACACGUUACGCUCUCUAAAUCUUCGUAAGAUAUAAAAUAUAUCGCCUUCCGUGGAAGGCAAUAUACGGACUGAACGGCUUACCGUGAAGAGUAAAACUGUGUGAUUCAAUCCCCCUCCCCAUCCCUUCAGAAUAAAGUACAGAGGAGAAGAGAAAAUAUAUACCUAAAACAAUGCGAAGCAAGCAGCUUAAUCUUAAACGCUUGAGAACAUCUUCAAGGCUGAUCGCUAAGGAAUUGUAAUCGCCUUUGCGACUUAACGUAUACCAUCGCUGUAGCUCAUUCAAGAUAAUGUAAAUAGGUACAGAAGAGAUGAAUAUAUUGUCGUUCUACAGUAAACUGUAAAAAGAAGAAGAAGAAGAAAAAGGAGAAACCGCGGAAGAUACGGAAGAGAUAUGAAAAAAAUUUAUUCAGAUCGAUUUCAUCAAGACAUUUUUGUCCUUAAACGUAAAAGCAUUGUUCACUUCGCAGGGCAGAGUCGUGUGUUCGUCUCUCAUAUCGUGAUUUUGUACCUUGCCUUGUCUGCAAAAGAAAAAUACGUAUGCAUAUAUGUACAUGUAUGUGUAUACAUGCAUAUGCAGGGUGGUCCCUGCAACUGUAACAGACUGCAACUCUUAGCUACAAGACAAAAAAACUGGUAAAGGAAAAUAUCGUAUGGUUUAGUGAGGUCUAACUUGCGGCUGUUUCGUGUGCUGAUGCAUCCCUUCUUUCGAAAACACGAAAUGCUUUUUAGAUCAACCUGUUUUUCGAGCUCUCAAGAAAGGUACUAAAGGAAGGCGACUGACAAGGUAUUUGAAUUUUUUUUUUAUAUCGGGACGUUAAUUUCUAACAUACUUUCACAGCAUUCUUAAAACAUGUGAUAUCAAUCGACAAUUGCAUCGAGUCGAACGGGUCUGAAUCGUGCGGAUAAAGCAUCUAGACUUAUGAAACUGUGUGUUCUCGUAGACGCGUAAGAUGUUGCUGCUUCUCUUUGCUUCGGUACUUUUACACGCGAUAGAAUGCAAAGAACCGAUUGACGUGAAGGCGUUUAAUGAAACGAGUAAAAGUGAUUGGAAAAGGAUUAAAUUUGCGAGAAGUAGAUUUUACUAAAUUAUACAAUAUAUUUCUCUGGUUUUCUUCGAAAGAAAAAAAAAAGGACUAUGAUUUGUUUUGGUUGCAAGAAUCACCUUGUAUAGAUAGUUUUAGAUCGUAUCACUUGCAAACGAUGUGCCGAGAUAUAAUAGAGUGCGUGUGAACGGGAGUGCGGGGCAACGUGUAACCUUUACCUCGUGUCUUGUGUUGUGGCUAAGGACGAAAAUUUCAAUCAAGUACUUUGUACAGGUUCUAUACAUAAACGUAUAUAUAUGUAUUUAUACAAGCACAUGUAUAUAUAUAUUUAUAAUACAUUUAUACAUAUAUAUAUACAUGAUAAAAGACCCUUUUCCACACGAUUUUGAGUAUAAAUCGACUAUAUAUUGAUAUAUAUAUAAAUUAUAGGUAUAUAUGCACGUAUGUGUGUAUACAUAGACACUCUCUCUUUUAUAUAUUUUUGUGAAACUCACGUAUGUGUAUAUACGAAUGUACAUAUAUACAUACAUUCAUACACGUAUACAGAUAUGUAUGUAUGCAUGUAUAUCCAUAUGUAUAUGUAUACAUACAUGUAUGUAUAUAUACAUAUAAGGAUGAAUGGAAGUAUACAUACGUAAGGAAAAUACACGGAUACAUCUAUACACGGAUACUUCUUCACUCUCGCUCUCUCUCUCUUUCUAUCUCUCUAUCUCUCACACUCUAUCUCUUUCUCUCUCUGUCUUUCUCUGUCUGUCUCUAUCUCUCUCUAUCUAUCUAUCUCCCUUCUCACUCUGAAGCACUCGCGCACUUUUUAUAUGGGCGUGUGCGUGCUAACACGAAUCGGAAAUACGCACACGUAACGACACACACGUACGAGGAACAUACGGAGAAGUAUGUACGCGCACGGUUAUACACAAACGAUACUCAUACACGCGAGAAAACAACACGAUCACAACGAUACAAAUUCACAGGCACACGCGCCUAAACGACACGACACCCAAAGGAAAUAUGCAUGAAGAGACGAGGACGGAAAAAGGGAACUAGGGGAAGCGAUUCGCGUGCGGCCGAACGACAAUACACGGAACUGUGGGAAGUGCAAACGCAAAAAAUAAAAGAGGAUGAAAAUAAACAAACCGAGUAAAAACAAAAAAGUAGAAAAAAAAACAACAAAAAGAAGAAAAAAAAAGAAGAAGAGAUGUGUGACAACGACCAGCACGAUACAACACAUCGAAAUACGUCGAUCCAGCGCUCGAUCGUCGUGGCAUUCGGCUAGAUUGAAUCGAUAAAAUGGUGCAAAACGGAACGAAGCGAAUUUACAAGCAUGAACAAGAAAGAAUACAAAGUACGUAGCUGUGGUAGACGCUGCCGUGUAUCGCGAAUUAACGAGACGCCGCCGCCACCGCCGUUGCUGCUGAUUGCAAUAUUCAUGUGCACUAUUCACUGCCACUGCAGUUCGUGUUUUAUCGUUGUAUAUAACUUUCUAUGUACGGGCUCGAAUUAAGGCGAGAAGGGCUCUUGUCGAAUGCAAAGAGUAGGCGCAGCGUCAGCCGCACAAAAUGUCGUCCGUACUCCUGUUCUCUGACUCGUUUUUUUUUUCUUUUCUUUUCUUUAAAUUCGUAUCGGUUAGUUUCUCUCGACCUACGAAGAUCUCUUUAGUCGUUCGAUCUUUCGUUGGCAGUUGUAAGAUUAAUGAGAAUGCGUUCCUGUUACCAAUUGCGGAUCCAAGUACGAAGGUAUCGACGGAAACAAAAGACACCGACGCGCUUUCGAGCUCGGAUUUUUUUUUUCCUUUUCGUCGGGUUAAACGAAUACGUUUGUAAUUUGGUUCCAUGUGAGUGUAAAUGCUUGAAAGUUUUAUACAGAUUGAUUCUGAUCGCGAUAGAUUUUUGAUUAUAAGAAUAUCGCUCGACGCGCAAGAUGAUCGAGUCGCUAGAAACUUAACGAGUACCUUUCAUACAUUCGCCGGCGUGCAAGGAAUCGUUUGAUCGCGCACUUUAUAAUAGGAGAUAUUCCCUUUGUUUGAUACGUCCGUUUUGAUUACUAGUACACGUGCAACAUCCAUCGAUCAAUACGAAUUAGUUGAUGUGUAUUCUUAUGAUGUUUGUAGUAUUGCUGGGUUUAUUUCAAAUGGAAACUAUUGGAAAGGCAACCAUUGAAGUAGUUUUGGUUAAAUAAAAUAGUAACGAGAUUGAUUUUACGUGAGAUAGGUUAGUGUACUAGAAAUAUUUAUUUGAAAUGCUCUGAUUGAAACGAUAACUUCGAAGGAAACGAUUGUUCGCUGUAACGUUUGAAAUCUGUGCACAUGCAUUGACCGUUUCAAAUAUUAUUUCUUUGGAAUAUUAUUUAAUAAAGAAAACAAUCGAAAGAGUACGCGACAAAACAAACUAUGCAUUUAUAUCUAACGCAACCGUUUGAUUUACGUUGACAAAUAAAAAAAAAAUGACAUUUUCGAAAGAAACAUUAUUUAACGAAAACAGCUUUGUGUAUUUGUGCACAUUCGCUUAUGCAAUGUAUAUGUAUAGAUUUAUUUACAUAUAACUAAAUAUUGAAUUAAUUAUAUUAAAUAGGUUGUGUGCAAAUUUAUGAAUAUUCAAAAACUUUCUUUGCACCGUACGAUUAGGGGAUCAUUCUGUUCGUUUGCUAAAAGCUUUGAAUGGACGAUACAACAUGCUUCAAAUAUUUAUUUUAGAUUUGCAGAAUCAAAUAAAUAUUUCAAACUAGUUUUUAUUUGCUGUACAUUUGCAGAAAUUCUAAUUUUACAUUGACCAUGGUAAUUCGAUCGAUGAUGUAUAUACAGCAUACAUAAAACAAUUUCUGUUCUUUGUUUCGAGUACUAAUUUGUCCAGCACUGCUACUAUGACGUUCGUAACUGUGAAAGCCGAAUUGCGCUAAAAUUCAAAGGAUAGAAGGCCCAUUGGUUGACGCGAUAAACCGAAAGCAAGCCAGUAGUGGUUAUGGAAAUCGAGAAUCGAGUAUUUCACGCGUAUGGUAUUUAGUUGCAGCGAUCAGAUUCUCUUUUUCCUAUUUUCUGUUAGCUGACGUCUCUUCGCGUCGACCGUCGAGAAAUCUUUCAGCGAUGAAGAAAGGAAGAGUUUCGCGUAGUAGAUUUGUACGAAGAACACUAUGAUACAGUCAACGAAAGAUCUGACUUGGAAAACCUAUCAGUUGUCCGGUUGAAAAAUCUUUCAUCCUUUACUGUCUUGGCUGAUGGUUCGGACGUUAACAGUUCGACAACAUUCAAUGAAAGUAGUGAUGGAAUCGAGCUUAUCGCAUGAAUCUGUGUUCUUACGUCUACUAUUUUGACGAAGUGAGUGUUAGAUAAAGAAUUCAUUGAUAUUCGUAAGCGGUAGUAAUAGUGAUAAUAAAUAUCAUUGACGUAAAGUCGGAUAAAAUCAAUUACAACAUUGUCUGGCGACCAUAAGUCGUAAUACGUUCGGGAUAUUUCGCUAUAAGUGCCAAGGCAGUCGAGGUAAAGACGAUACAGUAAUUCCUCGAUAAAAGUUACAAGACUUUUCGUUCGAGAAUGAGAGUAAGUGAGAUAAAGUGUGUUAAUGUGGUAAUCACUAACGCAAAAUAAAGUUUCUUUGUUUCUUCGUUAUAUCUUCGAGAGAAUAUUACCAAUAAUAUUGGAUUGGUGAGGUUUUUCAAAUUGGUAAUAAUCUUUAUUUUGAUUCCCUUUGGAUUCGAGACGAAAAUGAGUCCACACACGACCUUGUUCCAAGUGUUUUUAGUUAUACAUUGUAUUAAUAAUUUCUGAAAAAGUAAUCCAAUUUAGGUCGUGUUUGUACUCAUUUUCAUUGGGAAAACUUUACCAAUCCAUUGACGAUACUCUCACCAAGAUAUAAUUACACAUUUUUAUUUUCGUUAUCAGGUGAAAUUGAAUUAUGAUUCCGAAACUGUUAUCGAUGUGAAAAUCUAGACUUUUAACAAGGAAUUACUGUUGUAGUUCUCUUCUUUCGUCAAACAAGUCGAGACUUUCGUUGACACCGCCGUAAUUAACGUUGCUGCCGAUAGAUACAAAGAUCAACAAACGAAAAUUCAUGAAAGAAAGCAUGAUCGAGAAUUUUAAACAGAAUUUUGUUUCCUUUUAUGAAAUUCGAUUUCUCGAGGCGCGGGCGGAGGUCCCACAAAAAAAAAGAAGGAUUCACAAAACGUACACGAAAAAAACGAAACCACGAUUCGCGAUCGUGAUGUUUUGUCUUCAAAGAAAAAAAAAAAAAUGGUCUGUUUGUAAGAGUUAAUUUUGUAUUCGUCGAAUUCUUUGCCAAGCGUAGCUAACAAUUAGAAUUGUGUACACCCGGGAUAGAAGAUCCUCGAUAGCCCUGCCUCGCCUUUGCUGCGAUUAUAUACGAAACAAAAAUUCGUGCGUUAAAUUUUGUGGAAGUGGUGCAUUAAGUGACAAAACGA